AUGGACGAUAACGGAGUUUUAUGUCUGGCAUGGUUGCUAAAAAAAUCUCGUGCUACUCACCACUGGAAUAAGAGGUGGUUCGUUCUCCGCAAACGACAGCUCAGUUAUUACAAAAGUUCUUCCGAGCACAAGCCACGUAAAGUGUUUCUUCGAGACGAUCUUCUAGCCUAUGCUCGAGUGGUGAAUGCUCACAAGUAUCAAUUUUCCGUGUAUACCCACAACAAGAUCCUCCACUUGCGAGCAGAAACACAACAGGAGUACGAAAAAUGGUGUGAAGUGUUUGACGAGUUUUUCAAUGACGCAGAUCUUUCCAACGACGAGGACUUUUCCAAUGACGAAGAGCCCGAAAGAGCAACAGGUGAUAGGACGAGUUUGGUUGAACUUUCAAAAGAGAAUGACGGCGGCGAGUAUUUGGUCGAGGAAGGAGAGAUCUACAAGUUUAGAGGUAGAUAUAAUCAAUGGAGAAAGAUAUACCUUAUUGUCACAAACCUAAACCUUUACAUGUGCAAAUCUUCUGACAAGACGCAAAUGCCUCGAAAGGUCCUAGGUGUGGACAAUUUAGUGGACGUUGUUGAGGUGGAUGGUACGAGAGGAAAAAAAUGGUGUUUGAUGUUGAUCACCAACACAAAGUCAUAUCAGUUGAGUGCUGACAGCGAACAAGAAAUGACCAAGUUCCUCUCGGCGAUCAAGGCAGUGAUUCUACUGGACAAAGCUAAGCAUGGAGAAGAAGCUGACCAUAAAUAA